AGGGAUUUCGGCGCUGAUAGGGGACUCUCAAUGGAUUUGCCAUGGUGACAUGAAGCAGACAGCGAGGGACACCGGACUGUCGGAACGAAGAGAACUUGCACAUGCGGCCUGCUAGUAUUUUAAGUUAUUAUUAGUAUUAUUAUUCAAAUUUCUUUUACUCUUUUUUUUCUUUUCUUCCCCUCCCCUGGGGCUUGAAAGGGGAGGGGAGUGGGCAAGGGAGAGGAGCCUGAAUUUGCUCUGCGGAUGCAAGGAUGACUGUGCUGGCGAGGGUCCGGAGGAGUAUCCGACAGGUAUCUCCACAGGUUGUGUUGCUCCUGCUCUUUGCCUUUUGCUUGCUCAGUGUUUUUGUCUCUGCGUAUUAUUUAUAUGGGUGGAAAAGGGGCUUGGAGCCCUCUGGGGACGUGCCAGGGCCAGACUGUGAUGAGCCCAAGGUUGCCCCCUCCCGCUUGCUCCCGCUGAAGGCCCUCAAGGUGGCCGAUUCCUCCCGCACGGACCCCCUGGUGCUGGUGUUUGUGGAAAGCCUCUACUCUCAGCUGGGCCAAGAGAUUGUGGCCAUUUUGGAGUCGAGCCGCUUCAAAUACAGGACAGAGAUCGCCCCGGGGAAAGGGGACAUGCCCACCCUCACCGACAAGGAUCGGGGACGCUUCGCCCUCAUCAUUUAUGAAAACAUCCUCAAGUACGUCAACCUGGACGCCUGGAACCGUGAGCUGCUGGACAAGUACUGCGUGGAGUACGGCGUGGGCAUCAUCGGAUUCUUCAAGGCCAACGAGAACAGCCUGCUGAGUGCUCAGCUGAAGGGCUUCCCCCUCUUCCUGCACUCCAACCUCGCACUGAAGGACUGCAGCAUCAACCCCAAGUCGCCCCUCCUGUACAUCACGCGCCCCAGCGAGGUGGAGAAGGGAGUGCUCCCAGGGGAGGACUGGACCGUCUUCCAGUCCAACCACUCCACCUACGAGCCGGUCCUCCUGGCCAAGACCAAGUCAGCAGAGUCGAUACCACACAUGAGCGUGGACGCAGCUCUGCACACCACGGUCAUGCAGGACCUGGGUCUUCACGACGGCAUCCAGAGGGUGCUUUUUGGCAACAACCUCAACUUCUGGCUGCACAAACUGGUCUUUGUAGACUCUGUUUCCUUCCUAACGGGCAAGAGGCUGUCCCUGCCCCUUGACCGCUACAUCCUGGUGGACAUUGAUGACAUCUUUGUGGGCAAGGAAGGCACUCGCAUGAAGGUGGAAGAUGUCAAGGCGCUGUUCGACACUCAGAACGAGCUGCGCACCCACAUCCCAAAUUUCACCUUCAACCUGGGAUACUCAGGGAAAUUCUUCCACACAGGUACCGACGCUGAGGAUGAGGGCGAUGACCUGUUGCUGUCCUAUGUGAAGGAGUUCUGGUGGUUCCCACACAUGUGGAGUCACAUGCAGCCUCACCUCUUCCACAACCAGUCGGUUCUUGCGGAGCAGAUGACCUUAAACAAGAAAUUCGCUGUCGAACAUGGCAUCCCCACUGAUAUGGGCUACGCAGUGGCUCCCCACCACUCGGGCGUGUACCCUGUCCAUGUGCAGUUGUACGAAGCUUGGAAACAGGUUUGGUCAAUCAAAGUCACAAGCACGGAGGAGUAUCCCCACCUGAAACCUGCUCGCUACCGCCGUGGCUUCAUCCACAACGGCAUCAUGGUACUGCCCCGGCAAACCUGCGGCCUCUUCACUCACACCAUCUUCUACAAUGAAUACCCUGGUGGCUCCAGUGAGCUGGACAAGAUCAUCAAUGGGGGUGAACUGUUCCUGACUGUGCUGCUUAACCCUAUCAGCAUCUUCAUGACUCAUUUGUCCAAUUAUGGCAACGAUCGCCUGGGUUUGUACACCUUCAAACAUCUGGUCCGUUUCCUCAACUCCUGGACCAACUUGAAGCUGCAGACUUUGCCACCUGUGCAGUUGGCCCAGAAAUACUUCCAGAUCUUCUCUGAGGAGAAGGACCCUCUGUGGCAGGAUCCCUGUGAAGACAAGCGGCACAAAGACAUCUGGUCCAAAGAAAAGACCUGUGACCGGUUUCCAAAGCUGCUCAUCAUUGGGCCUCAAAAAACAGGAACAACUGCCCUUUAUCUCUUCUUGGGGAUGCACCCAGAUCUGAGCAGCAACUACCCCAGCUCGGAGACCUUUGAGGAGAUACAGUUCUUCAACGGACACAACUAUCACAAGGGCAUCGACUGGUACAUGGAGUUCUUCCCUAUCCCCUCCAAUACCACCUCUGACUUCUACUUUGAAAAAAGUGCCAACUACUUUGACUCAGAAGUAGCUCCCAGGCGGGCUGCAGCCCUGCUCUCCAAGGCCAAGGUCAUCACGAUCCUCAUCAACCCUGCAGAUCGAGCCUACUCCUGGUACCAGCAUCAGCGAGCUCACGAUGACCCAGUCGCCCUGAAAUACACCUUCCAUGAGGUGAUCACAGCUGGACCUGAGGCUGCUCCUAAGCUCCGGACGCUGCAGAACCGCUGCCUGGUCCCAGGCUGGUACGCUACCCACAUCGAGCGCUGGCUGAACAACUACCAUGCCAACCAGAUCCUUGUGCUGGAUGGCAAACUGCUCCGAACAGAACCUGCCAAAGUGAUGGAAACAGUCCAGAAAUUCCUUGGGGUGACCAGCUUCAUCGAUUAUCACAAAACCCUGGCGUUUGAUCCGAAGAAAGGAUUCUGGUGUCAGCUUCUGGAAGGAGGGAAGACCAAAUGCUUGGGAAAAAGCAAAGGGAGGAAGUACCCUGAGAUGGAUUCAGAUUCACGAGCUUUCCUGCGGGACUAUUGGCCUGAGCAACAGAGCAGUGAGGCUGCGAGGAGGGCCCCCGUCUGA